UCUGUUUCCCUUCCCUUCCUCAGUCUUCUCCCAGCUAAAGGACUUCACUUCACCCGAGUAGGAAGGGCCUCUCUCUCGCGAAUGUGAGGACCCCGGCGCAGGCGCCUGAGGCUAGCACCGUUAACCCCCCCGCCGCCCCCUCGGGCUCCAGAGUGGUCUGAGGCAAGUCGGUGCAGCCGAGCACAAGCAGUGGCGGAGAAGAAGAAGCCCCGCCCGCGUCAGGCGUGGAGCCAUCGGGCGAUCUGACGACGUCAGGCGCGGGCAGGCAGACGAUUGGCCACAGGCAAGAUGUGGUGCUUGUGCCGGGUGGCGCUGCUUCGGACGGUUGGCCGUGUGGCUGGCGGCGCCUCCUGGGGGCGGGGCCUGCAGACGCCUGAAGGGGCCCAAAGGAGGCGCGCGGCGCAUCCCGCAGCGCUUGGCGUUCUCGUCGCCCGGCUCAGCGACCCGGCUGCCUCCUGUGGCAGAACCGCGAGUAUUUUAGGACAGAUCAGACAUAUUGUAACAAUGCCUGAAAUAAACACUGACAAUCUCGAUGAGCAACAGGUUCAACUUCUGGCAGAGAUGUGUAUUAUUAUUGAUGAAAAUGACAAUAAAAUUGGAGCUGAGACCAAAAAGAAUUGUCACUUGAAUGAAAACAUUGACAAAGGAUUGUUGCAUCGAGCUUUUAGUGUCUUCUUAUUCAACACUGAAAAUAAGCUCCUACUACAGCAGAGAUCAGAUGCUAAAAUUACCUUUCCAGGUUGUUUUACCAAUACUUGUUGCAGUCAUCCAUUAAGUAAUCCAGGAGAACUUGAAGAAAAUGAUGCAAUUGGAGUAAGACGAGCAGCACAGAGGCGUUUAAAAGCUGAAUUAGGAAUUCCCAUGGAAGAGGUUCCUCCAGAAGAAAUUAAUUAUGUAACACGAAUUCACUACAAGGCUCAAUCUGAUGGUAUUUGGGGUGAACAUGAAAUUGAUUAUAUUUUGUUUGUGAGGAAGAAUGUAACUUUGGAUCCAGAUCCUAAUGAGAUUAAGAGCUAUUGUUAUGUGUCAAAGGAAGAACUAGAAGAACUUCUGAAAAAAGCAGCCAAUGGUAAAAUUAAGAUAACCCCAUGGUUUAAAAUUAUUGCAGAGACUUUCCUCUUUAAAUGGUGGGAUAAUUUAAAUCAUUUGAAUCAGUUUGUUGAACAUGAGAAAAUAUAUAGAAUGUGAAAGUGGGGAUGAAUAAUUAGUAAAGUACUGAAAAUUUCUAUACAGUAAACUUGGAAUGAUUUUU